CCCCGCGCGAGUGGGCGGGCUUAAGGGCGGCUCGGAAAACCCGGCGCGGAUUUGCUCCGCUGCACUCGUGCUGGCGCGGGUGGUGUCAUUCUGGGGCCGCAGUAACGGGGUCGCGCCCUCACUAGGGCGCUUCCCUCGGGAGUUGCUGCACUCACUGCUCUCGUUAGAGAAAGUGAUUUAAAAUCCCGUACUUGCCCUCCCGUGGAGGCUUGAGACAGGACCCUGACCUCCCGCCUGCCUGUGCUGGGAGGCAUGGGCUUCGGAAUCCCCGAGUAGGGUAGUAGGGGACAGUGGAGUGGGGCACCUGGAGACUGCGUCCCAGCCCCUGGCAUCCAGCACUCCCCUAGUCGGUAGCCCUGGCUCCUGUCCUCACUUCCUUCCCUUUUUGGCUCCUGCUGUCGGGCGGACGCGGGGAGGGGGGAAGCGGAAAGGGCGGGAGGGCCCGGGAGCCCGGCGGGGUGCAGGAGGGGGCAUCGCGGAAAAGCCAGGGAGGGGACUCGGUAGAGGGCCAGAGACCGACAAGAACAGAGGCUCGGGACCCGCGCGCAGCCCCUCACCCUUCCCGAGCAGGCGCCCCCAAUGGCCCGACCCCGCUGAUUCCUUCUCUCGGCCAUGCUCCCGCGGCCCCUGCGGCUGCUUUUGGACACGAACCCCCCCGGGGGAGUCGUGCUGAGCAGCUUCCGGAGCCGGGACCCCGAAGAGGGUGGGGACCCAGGUGGCCGGGCCGUGGGCGGGGGGCAGGAGGAAGAGGAGGAGGAAGAAGAAGAGGCUUCUGUGUCAGUCUGGGAUGAGGAGGAGGAUGGUGCGACCUUUACUGUCACAAGCCGCCAGUAUAGGCCUCUUGAUCCCUCGGUCCCCUUGCCUCCCCUCGCCUCCUCCCGAAGGCUCCGUGCUGGUACUCUGGAGGCCCUGGUCAGACACCUCUUGGAUGCCAGGACAUCAGGGGCUGACAUGACGUUCACUCCAGCCUUGCUGGCCACCCACCGGGCCUUUACCUCCACUCCUGCCCUGUUUGGGCUUGUGGCUGACAGGCUGGAAGCCCUCGAAUCGCAUCCUCCGGGCGAGCUAGAGAGGACCACAGGGGUAGCCAUCUCUGUACUUUCAACCUGGCUGGCCUCUCACCCUGAGGAUUUUGGCUCUGAGGUCAAGGGUCAACUUGACCGGCUUGAGAGCUUCUUGCUUCGGACAGGGUAUGCAGCACGGGAGGGUGUUGUGGGGGGCAGUGCUGACCUCGUCCGAAACCUCCGGGCCCGGGUGGACCCCCGGGCCCCCGACCUUCCUAAGCCCCUGGCCCUUCCUGACGAUUCCCCUGCUGACCCCACGGAUGUCCUGGUGUUCCUCGCUGACCACUUGGCCGAACAGCUGACCCUGCUUGAUGCGGAGCUGUUUCUCAAUCUGAUCCCCUCUCAGUGUUUGGGAGGCCUAUGGGGUCACAGAGACCGGCCAGGACAUUCUCAUCUCUGCCCGUCUGUCCGAGCCACCGUCACGCAGUUCAACAAGGUGGCGGGGGCAGUAGUUAGCUCUGUCCUGGGGGCCACCCCAACUGGAGAGGGGCCAAGAGAGGUGACUGUGAGGCCACUCCGACCCCCACAGAGGGCCCGGCUCCUGGAGAAGUGGAUCCGUGUGGCUGAGGAAUGCCGCCUGCUUAGGAACUUCUCCUCAGUGUAUGCUGUUGUGUCCGCUCUGCAGUCCAGCCCUAUCCAUAGGCUUCGGGCGGCCUGGGGGGAGACAACCAGGGACAGCCUCAGGAUCUUUUCCAGCCUGUGCCAGAUUUUCUCAGAGGAGGAUAAUUAUUCCCAGAGCAGAGAGCUCCUCAUGCAGGAAGUAAAGCUGCAGCCCCCUGUGGAGCCACACUCCAAGAAGGCCCCAAGGUCUGGCUCCAGGGGUGGGGGUGUGGUUCCGUACCUGGGAACCUUCCUGAAGGGUCUCGUGAUGCUGGAUGCAGCCUCCAAGGAUGAGCUGGAGAAUGGCUACAUCAAUUUUGACAAGCGGAGGAAGGAGUUUGCUGUCCUUUCUGAGCUGCUGCGCCUCCAGAACGAAUGUCGUGGCUAUGACCUCCGACCUAACCCUGAUAUCCAGCAAUGGCUCCAGGGCCUCCAGCCAUUAACUGAAGCUCAGAGUCACCAUGUAUCCUGUGAAGUGGAGCCAUCUGGUACCAUUGAUUCCCCCGCGGCAAGGACGCUUCGGCCAGCACUAGUCAUCACACAGUGGACGGAAGUUCUGGGCUCCGUUGGAGGCCCCACCCCGCUUGUGUCCUGGGAUCGGCCCACUGUGGGGGGAGAUGAGGUGCCAGGAACCCCGGCCCCUCUGCUGACUCGCCUCGCCCAGCACAUGAAGUGGCCGUCUGUCUCAUCUCUGGACUCUGCCCUGGAAAGCAGCCCCUCCCUGCACAGCCCUGCUGACCCUGGCCACCUCUCUCCUCCAGCCUCCUCCCCUAGGCCUUCUCGGGGUCACCGACGCUCAGCCUCCUGCGGGUCUCCGUUGAGUGGGGGCACAGGAGAGGGGGCCUCCAGGAGUGCUGGAUGUGGGGGCGGGGUAUCUGGGCCAGGGUCCUCUGAUUGCCGAAUCAUCCGAGUCCAGAUGGAGCUUGGGGAGGAUGGCAGCGUCUACAAGAGCAUCCUGGUGACAAGCCAGGACAAGGCCCCAAGUGUUAUUAGCCGCGUCCUUAAGAAAAACAAUCGUGAUUCUGCUGUGGCUUCAGAGUUUGAGCUGGUGCAGCUGCUACCCGGGGAUCGAGAGCUGACCAUCCCACACUCGGCUAACGUCUUCUAUGCCAUGGACGGCGCAUCUCACGACUUCCUCCUGCGGCAGCGGAGAAGACCAUCUGCUGUCACCUCGGGGUCCCACAGCGGCCCCUCUGCCUCAGGAACUCCUCCAAGCGAGGGAGGAGGGGGCUCCUUUCCCAGGAUCAAGGCCACAGGGAGGAAGAUUGCACGGGCACUGUUCUGAGGAUGAAGUCCUGUUGGUUUACAUAGCAACUCAUACCAGGAGUGAGCAGCCACACAGGGUGGCCCUUCUACCCGAGCAGAAAUCCCAAAAGGCGGCCAGCCACCCUGGUACAGUAAAGUCACCUGUUUACGAAACCACUGCGAAAAAGCCGGCCCUGUGGGACUGGUGAUCAUGUAACCAAGUUGGAUAACUGCAUAUAGCUUCCUCCUCUGGGGAACGUGGCACGCCAUCUGUGCUGGAAAGAGUAUUAGCCACUGCCACGUGACAGCCUGUGAAGGGCCAAGGGAAGGCCUAGAGGCUGAGCCCAGGGCAGAGGGCAGUGACAAGAGGUUCUGUUGGGGGUUUCCUUGUCCCGCUUUGGGGGUUCUUGCCACUGUGAUAACACUAAGAGAAUAAACCAAAACACUACCUGAA